CUAGGCGAAUAAUUAAUAAUGUUCGAGAGAAAAUUAAAGGCACUUGGUUACUUGGAAUGGGACAAAGUCAACGGAAAUAAUACUCAGCACUUCAGAAAGGUGAUUGUAUGGUUGGAAGAUCAAAAGAUACGUCAUUAUACUAUAGAGGACCGUCAAAAGUUGAGAGACAUUACAUCCUCGGAAUGGCCAAAAACUUUCGAAAAAUAUUGCAAUGACGUUGACUGCCCAAUAACUAAGAACGAGAUUGAUCAAUUAGAAUGGUUUAUAGGAUAUGCUAUUUGGCUAGAGUUUGGAGAUGACUGCCAAAAAUAUCAGCAAGUCAUAGGAAGAAAAGCAAAAGAUGUGAAAAAAGAGAUGAAAGUACCUAGUAUCAAGUCCACGAAUCCUCUAGAUAAUUUAGAUUUUGACAGUGAUGCUUUCAAGAACGGAAUUAAUUCGAUUGCCAAGUUACUGAAUGUACCGAAACAUUCUGAUCAUCUUAUAACACUACAAGCAUGCAGCAAACUCGUGUGCAACAAGUUGAACACGGAUGCGAUUAAACAAUCUAAUAGUGCCGCGUAUGUCAAAAAUAAAUCUCUGACAAAAACAAUAGUAGGACCUAGCUUUAAUAUGGGCGACGGGAUGUUAGACAAUGCCGCCAAAGGUCUUGCCUUAUUAUACAUUCAAGACCUCAGGAAUCUUCAGACAAAGAUUAAUGAGACGAUAGUCGCUGUGCAAAAUAUAACGGCUAAUCCAAAAACGGAUACCAAAUUAGGAAAAGUUGGUAGAUAAAUGGUCAUAUUCCAGAAAAAUAAAAAUGGAUUCAUAAAUAGCUUGUUUAGAGUUUUUUAAU